AUGUCGGGCACCAUGAUGCAGAGUAUGGACGCAAAGGAAACUGAGAUCGACCUGAGGGAUGCAGGGGAUGGAGAGGAUGACGAGGGACAACAAACGUGGAAGACGCAGCUGGAAACUGUCCUGGAGGAAGAGGAAGAAGAAGAUGUGAUCUCUACACAGAGUGACACCAGGCCUCUGAUCAAUGAACGGGACCCAAGACAGAUAAAUGAGUGUCUUAAGGUUAGUUUUGAGGAUGUGAUAGCAGAGCCGGCGUCGGUGCGCAGUGGGGAUCGGGUGUGGAUCUGGAGUCACGCUCUUUUCGAGGUGUCCAGGGCCUGGUUUUACCGUAUCAUCACGGCUGUGCUGGCUGUUCCAGUGUCCCUCAUUGCUGGGAUUCUCUUUGCCGUCCUCAGCUUCAUUCACAUCUGGUUCUUUACGCCAUGUGUGCAGGUUGUCUUGAUAAACACCGGGUGGUUGCAAACUUUAUGGAGCAGCGUUUUAGACAUAAUCAUCCUACCCUUCUUCCAAAGCGUAGCCAAAUGCUGCAGAGGGAUUAGUGUUGUUCUCACACGGGAAUGAGAAACAUUCACUGGAAUCUGUUCAAUCAAUUCAAAUGGGAAUUCACAUUGACCUUUUGGGCAGAUGUGUGGCCAUCUGACUCCUGGUGCAUGUCAAGGGGGACCAUGCCCAAAGCUAAGCGGGAUGAAUGUUAACUUGCUGCCAAAGACUGACAAGAAAAGAUAUUAGGAAAUGCAUGAAGGUUGCUUAUGUAUGAAUGUGUUCUUAAAGGGACAGAUCACCCAAUAAUGAAAAUUCUGUCAUUUACUCACCAUCAUGUUGUUCAAAACUCAUUAUCUUUCUUCAGUGGAGCUUUUUUUUAAUCACCUUUUAUGUUCCAUGAAAGAAAUAAAGCCAUACAAAAUGAGGUUGAGUAAAUGAUGACAGAAUAUUUGUUUUUCGAUUAAUUAACCCUGUGUGUUUUAUACAGAAUUCAUCAAUGUUUUGUUUUUGUCAAGUAAUUUUUUAAUUUCCUACCAACGGUGCCAUAAAACGUGUUUGCAGCUGGUGCAGGUCGAGAAAUCCUGCCUUUUGGCUAAUCAUUAUGGUAAAACAUACUGCUAUUAACAUCUAUUGUGUAUUCUGAUAACCUGUUUUGCAUCACAUUGAGGACACAUUGUGUGUUCUUUGAAGUAUUCUCAAGGUAAAAGCCCUUUCAUUUGAAAAAUAACCAAUUGUUCCCACCUAUCCAAUUAAAUGGCUCACUCUUCAUAUGCUAAUUUGAGGCCACUAAAAUAAUAAUUGAUUUAGUUAUAUAAUGCUCUCUGCUGUAAACAAUCAAUCUGCCAUAGUAAUUUUAGUCAGAUUAGCUCCAUUCUAGCGCACCCUAGUGUUGGGGAGAUCUGAUCCAUGUGCUUUCCAUCUUAAAAUAUCUUCAAAAUGACAUUUUAAAGCACAUGCAAAAGUUUCUCAAAGUCUUAAAGGGAUAGUUCACCCAAAAAUGAAAACUGUGUCAUCAUUUACUCAACUUAAAAUCACUCUAAACCUGUAUGACUUCCUUCUGUGGAACAUUAAAGAAUAAUGAUGACAGAAUUUUCAUCUCUUUAACCCCAGUAAGACAACUCCAGUAGAGCUGCGUCAUGGAUCUAUAAAUAAUGGCAAUCAAAUGUGUGUGUCUGUAACUUGGCAAAGGGAAACAAACAUGGCUUGACACAUCCCAAGAGAAUGUGCAGAUGCUAAAAAUUGUCUAACAUGUAUGAAGCUUCAUUGGAUGUCUAAAAUGUUGCAUUUAAGUUAAAAAAAAAACAGCUUUUGCAACCAUGUACAGAAUGUCAACCUUUAUUUAGAAAAUACAAAGAGAUAACUGAAGGUUUUCAGUAAAGGGAGUGUUUGAGUGCGGGUGGAUGUACAAACGGUUGGUGGAUCAACUAAAAGCGCAAGUGCAUAGAAAAUCGUAACAUUUCACAGUCUGAUCCAAUAUACUUAAAAACAACCAGUGGCACAUCUCAUAGAACAAAACUGAACUGCAAUUCACAUUUUUGUGAUUCUAAUGUUAUGUCACUUUUUAAUUAAAUAAAGAAAUGGAGUGGAAUGAAA